ACUCCGUAGUUUAAGUGGUUUCAUGGCUGAUUGCAUCUUUUCAAAAAGUUCGUUAUUCGAAUCAUUCGAAUUAAGUUUCUUUGUGUGUAAUAAGGUUAUUAAAUUGCUGUUUCUGGCCCUUGUACACUUUUUUCAACUCAUCGGUGUCUAUCAAGUUUGAGCAACUCAGGUCUUUUAUUGUGAUUCCAGCUGGAAAGUGAUGGAAAUUUAUACCUUUGAUAAGAGUCUUCAGGAGCGACUGGUUGAAUUCAAUGAGAUCUUAUCGAGUCGAGGAGACAUAGUGCCAGCAUCUGAAAUUCAGUCCGAAUGGUCUUAUCACGUGGAGCUUGUGAUAGAGCCGACGGGAUGGCAGGCUCUGUGGAAGAUACCGAGGCUAACUUGUCAGGAUUUAGAGAUCCAUUACCCAACAAUAGUUGCAGUAGAGGUUGAACAAGUAAAUUUUAAAGAGUUAACAGCUUUAGUAAAGAUUACUGCUGUCCAAGAUGAGAUUCACCUUCCAGAGAAAUAUGACGUACCUCUAAUAGAACUCUAUCCAACUUUGAGACAAGAAAAUUCUGCCUUGGAUAUGGAAGGCACGUCAAACUGCAUCGAUCAAUUGAGGUUUUUCUUUAACUACUUAUGGAUGCCAUGGGAUACUGACAGCGAUGAUAAUCCUGACUGGGUGUCAACACAUCUGGAGCCCAGGAUUAGAUUAUUUUUUGAUAUGAAAAGAGGUAUUGUAAGCAAAGACACAUGCGACGUCAUUCGUACCCUAGUAAGAGAAAGCAGAGAAAUUCAGACAAAGAUUGCUAGAUUCGAGGCAGACAUAGCGGAUGAAGAAGAAGAAUAUCAAAAGAAUCUCUUAGAUGAAGGAAAAAUGUGCCAAAUGAUGAAACUUCACUUUAGACUCCAGCAAAUUAAGAGCGAGAUGGAGGUCUUGGAGAAUCCUGCAAUGAGGGAGGUUCUAGUCAGAAAUCGUGGAUCGAUUCAUGUCGAUAUCGAGGAUAAAAGAAGAGAAAGUAGAGGAAACCGGCCCGAGGGGCAUUUCGUUUGGCUUGGAGGAUCCUUGGCACAGACAGUAGAGACAUUACAUAAAAUUCAAUCUUUCUUAUCACCUGACAUGUUCUUUAAGACGCUCAAUUGUUUCCAAGCUGCUCUUGAUGCAUCAAAGGAAAAUGACAUCAUUAUACUUGGAGAAGGUGAGCAUGAAAUUCGAGGUGCUGGUGGACUGGAAGAAGGUGGUAUUAUAAAGGGGAUCUCAAAUCAGGAUAUCACUAUAAUUGCACCAAUAGAAGCAGAAAGCGGUCCAUCAUUGUUGGAUUUUUCUGGUGGUGAAGUUCUACUACAAAAUCUCUCAGUAGACCUAAGAGAUCUGCAGGCAGGCAUUUUAGUUAGAACAGGAAUCGUCAAGAUUGAGAAUUGUAAAAUUUAUGUUACGAAUCAAAGCGUGACCAAGCUUGGAGUGGUGAUACUGGCCAACACAAAGUUAUUAGCUCGAAGGACGACAUUCGUUGGAUUAGGUACUGCAGUCGUUAUUCAUUCAUCUGGUGAAGCUAUUCUUGAAGAAUGCACCUUUAAAGAUUGUGUCGAAGGUGUUCAGCUACAAGAUGAUUGUAAACUCGAAGUGAAAAACUGCUACUUCUCGGAUUUCAAGGAAUAUGGGAUACGCAUGGAAACCCAAAAGUAUUUGAAUAAUACAGAGAGCAAAAUGGGAGGCUCUGAACUUCUGCAGAAUGUUAGCGAAGUUUCUUUGCUAGACUGUAGGUUUGAUAACAACGGCAAGGGCCAUGUGGCACUUAAAUCACAAUUAUAUGCGUUCCCAGUAUUUAAACAAAAGGAUUCUAAUGAAAUGAUAUCUUAAUACCGCAUCAGCUCCGACAAAUGCAUGUGUACAUUCAUAACUUAGUGCAUCUUAUACAAUGGUUUAAUUGUCACAAAGGAUACUUAGGAGAACAGCGUAGUUCAAUAGGCUGUAUAUCUUUUUCUACUUGAUUAUUGUAUAAUUUUCAUAUUGUCUUCCUAACAUUAACCCAUGGGUUUAAGCAAAUUAAAUCAAUCUCAAAAGUA